AUGUGGCUGAAGCCAUUGCAAAACAGCUUGAGAAAAUUUUCAACAGUUGUUAGAGAUCCAAGAUUUGCCAAAGUGCAGGACACUGACAUCCGAAUAUUUGAGUCAAUCGUUGGCCGAGAGCAUGUAAAGACCACAGAAAUUGAUAGUUAUGCGACUGAUUGGAUGAAAGCUUUCAGAGGCAAUCCUCCCUGCGUAUUAUUACCAUCCACCAGUGAGGAAGUAUCAUCUAUACUUUCACAUUGUUCAAAACGAAAAAUAGCAGUUGUCCCACAGGCAGGAAAUACUGGGCUUGUUGGAGGCUCUGUUCCACUGUUUGAUGAAGUUGUCCUUUCUGUGAGACGGAUAAACAAGCACUUUGAGUUUGAUGAAAAAUCAGGUAUUCUCACAUGUGACGCUGGAUAUAUUCUUGAAGAAUUGGACAACAAACUAGCCCCUUAUGGUUAUAUGAUGCCUUUCGAUCUUGGAGCUAAAGGUUCAUGCAUGAUCGGUGGAAAUAUAGCUACAUGUGCUGGUGGAUUGCGAUUGUUACGAUACGGUAGCCUUCAUGCACAUCUUUUGGGACUUACUGUUGUUCUUCCAAAUGAGCAAGGAACGAUUCUGAAAGUUGGAUCAUCCCUAAAGAAGGAUAACACUUCUCUCCAUAUUCCUCACCUUUUCUUGGGUAGCGAAGGGCAACUGGGUGUAAUUACCCGGAUCACUAUGGCUGCGGCACCGAAACCAACUUCUAUACAAAGCGCUAUGAUAGGAGCUGAAACGUUUGAGUCGUGCUGUGAUAUUCUGCGAUUAGCUCGACGACAUCUCUCUGAAAUUUUGUCCUCGUUCGAGUUCCUGGACCGAGAAACCAUGACAGCAAUUGAUGAAAACUUAGGGCUUAAGCCAGUUUUGCAAUCGAAUCCCCGUUUUACGCUACUUAUAGAGACCUCAGGCUCUGACGAAUCGCAUGAUACAGCAAAGAUGGAGCGAUUUCUGGCACAUUGCAUAGAUGAUGAAUUAGCUAGCGAUGGCGUGCAGGCUCAAUCAGCGACUGAAUCAUCGAUGAUGUGGCGGAUACGAGAAAGCGCUCCAUUGGCUGUGGCUGCCGAUGGUUAUGCGUUCAAGAAUGACGUUUCUCUACCUCUGAAGCAUUUUUAUCGACUUACUGAGGAGAUUAGAAAGAGAUGUUCGUCUAUGACAAAAAGGAUUGUCACGUAUGGGCAUCUGGGUGAUGGUAACAGUCAUCUGAACAUUACAGCUAAGGAGUAUAGCAAGGAUUUAUAUGACAGGCUCUAUCCAUUCAUCUAUGAAUGGGUGAAUGCUCAUGAUGGAUCUAUCUCUGCUGAACACGGUAUUGGCCAAAUGAAGUUACCGUAUGCAAAUCUUGGCAAAUCGCCAGCUGAGCGAGAAAUUGUCCGUCGAAUCAAGUCAAUCUUCGAUCCUAACGGCAUUAUGAAUCCCUACAAGUCAUUCUAA